AUGCAGGGAUACCUUGACAAAGGCAGAUACAGACUGGGCACAGUGUUUGCGGCAUCAGGGUUUAGAGAGAAGGUAUCUUCCAGCGUAAACCCCAAUCCAACAUUGCUUCCCACUGUGAGAGACUGGGCUCUUAUCAGGCCCUUGGAGGGGCGCUCCUUGGGAAACAACAAUUCUAUCAUGCCCUCAAGUAUGCGUGUAGACCAAAUGAAAUUCCUCCCACGCGGAACAGACCUGGACAACACGUGGACCCUGCUAAAGAAGGGGCGUCGGACUGGAGAAACGUCAGGCAAAUACAAUGGGCUCGCAGAAGCCCGAAUCGCAAGGACAUACGUCGACGGAAAGCUGGUGGUGAAAACAACCUUGGAACACGCUGUUGUUUCGAACGACAGGAAGGACACAUUCGGACUCAGCGGUGACUCUGGCGCCUUCGUUUACAGCAUCACUGGCGCUGUGGUUGGAAUGUACUUUGGUGGUCCGGAUCAUGGAAGGGUUGGGUACUUCACCCACAUACACGAUAUUCUCGACGACAUUGAGAGAAUCACCGGUAUCAAGGACAUCCGGCUGAAGCAGUGA